AUGGAUUUUAAGGCCUUUCAAUGGCAAAUCUUUCGUGGGUCAUUGGCCAAGAGGUUGUUUCUUCGAGCUUUAUUGUUUACGCUGGGUAUGAUGAUCAUAUCUUUUGUUCAAAUGGCCAAUCAACUUGGGAAGACCGAGCCUUUCUUGUCGAAAAAUGAUGAAUGUCCUUUGGACUUUGCGGGGUCGAACCCUUAUGUGAAUUUGACCAGGGUUAUGAAACCCGUGGCUUCGUUAGCAUUCCGGCUCUUUGGAAAUUCAUUGCGCUGUAAAGAAAAUGAGGAUUUGGCUAAAAAUGUGUUUAAAGAGCUGAUGGAGAAGCAUAUGCUGGAAUCUCGAGCGAGAGUUGUGUGUGUUGGGGAGGGAGCAGCUUCAGCUGUUGUCUUGUUACGAGAUUUGGGGAUUCUCAAUGCAAUUGGUGUCCGUCGACACCCGUUUUUCUCCCUUUGGAAGAAACGAUUUGUUUACGAGCUUGAUUUGAAGGGUGAUUACUUUGAUUUUGUCUUCUCUAGAUCUCUUGAUAAGGUAUCUGUUCCAGCUCUUCUGGUGCUCGAGAUUGAGCGCAUCUUGCGUCCAGGUGGAAUUGGCGCAAUGCUUGUGGGUGCCCAUGCAUUCUACUCGGGUAGCUUGGUGAGGUCUGCCACCCCAGUUUCAUCGUUUUUGAAGAGUUCCGAUGUUGUCCAUGUAUGCCGUAUUGGCUCCUUUACACUUGUUAUUUUUAAGAAGAGAUUGGACAAUGUGAAUCAGUUGGAACAUUACCACCUUCCAGAUCAUUGCCCUUCAAUUAUGAACAACAAACCCUUUCUAAAGCGCAUUGAGCCUCUUGCUUUAAAUCAAUUGGGACAACAUGAAACUGAAAUAUCCUUCCUCCCCAAAUUCAUGAAUGUAUCGUCAAGAAAUAGGAUGGUUUAUAUCAAUAUAGGUGCAUCAGAGCUGGUAAGCUCUAGCAUAACUGAAAUCUUCAAGCCCUAUCACCGUGUACUGCCUCGAGCUUUUGAUGUUUAUCUUAUUGAUCACAACAUUUCUACACUUUCUUCAUAUGUGAGAAAACCUGGUGUUACCUUCGUCUAUCACCCAGGCCUCCUUGGGGAUUAUACUGCGCCAGUUCUUGCAUCAGAUGAACAUUUGAGUGCUCCAACGGAGGAAAACAGUUUCGAAUUUGCUCGCUGGUUCCAACAAACUAUUUCCGCCAACAACUUCGUGGUACUUAUGAUGAAUGCAAGAGCUGCGGAGCUUAAAAUUCUGUUUGAACUGUAUGAAACUGGAGCAAUAUGCCGUGUAGAUGAACUCUUCAUCCACUGCUCAGAUACUGAAUAUUGUACUGAUGCUGUAUGUGGAGACUGUAGGAGCCUCUUUGAAGGUCUCAGGAAAAGUGGUGUCUUUGUUCAUCAAUGGUGGGAACCUGGCACCCUCAUCUGA